AUGGGCGUUCCCUCUUUGUCAGUCAUGCUCCACGAGGUCAUAAAGCUACUUUACUAUGCCAAAUGUAAGGAUGUGACCUUUCUAAGGAUAGGAACGUGUGGCGGAAUUGGACUCCAACCUGGAACAACAGUAAUUACUGAGACAGUUGUUGACGGCUUGUUACGGCCUUAUCUGGAAAUGCCUGUACUAGGUCAGAUCGUCCGACGUCCAGCUAAGCUGGAUCCAACCCUGGUGGAAGAACUGAAAUCCAUAGCAGAGCAACAACUACCUCAAAUUCCCGUGACAGUUGGGAAAACACUGUGUACUCAAGAUUUUUACGAAGGUCAGGGUCGUCUAGACGGAGCUUUCUGCUGCUACACCGAGAGAGAAAAGACAGAGUACUUACAUCACUUGAAACAUGUUGGUAUCAUUAAUAUCGAGAUGGAAUCACUAGCCUUUGCUGCAAUCUGUAACUACUGCAACCUAAGAGGAGCUGUAAUGUGUGUCUCAAUUCUUGACCGACUGCAGGGAGACCAGAUUCAAGCAAACAAAGCAACACUGGAAGAUUGGCAAAGAAGACCUCAAGAGGUCGCUGCAAGCUUUAUCAAAUCCCGUCUAGCUAAAAGUUGACCGAGAUGUUUGAUUUGUUUCGUGGAGAGACCGACUUAACAGGAGACAGUGUUUCAUGUUCAGGCAUGUUUACACGUUAAGUAAUAUCGUGUAACGUACAUAACCACACGUGACACCGUUAACACCACCCAUAUAUAUAUAUAUAUA